GAUAGAAAUCUAAAGAUCAGUCAAUCUGAGUGAGACACAGAGAGAGAGAGAGAGAGAGAGAGAGAGCUAUACUAAUGAAAGCGCUUUAGCAGGGAACGUCCAUGAUCCAUGUUCCUCUCUCUCUCUCUCCAUUGAAAAGAAUCCUAGUACUACAGUCUGCACCACGUGAAACUGUCGAAUUCCUAGUAGCAUUUUGCUAAGUACUUAAAAAGAAAAAAAAAUACAUCUUCUUCAGCAACUACUAUUACAGAAGUACUUUACGAAUCUCUCAAUUCUGCUGACUUCACACUCUGUCUCUGUAUCUGUCUCUCGCCUUUGUGGGGGAGGCCAUAUCUGUUGCUGCUUCAUAUGCAUAACAAAUGUGUUCAGAUCUUCUCUUACAAAUCACAACACUGUUCAAUGCAGAUAAGAGCCCAUUUCAGCAGACUUAUGCUGCUCAGGCAUGAAGCUGUUGUCUUUUCUGGAACCAUUUGGUAAUGGAUAAAGAGCUGUUUUUUAGACUGGUUCAUUUGAAAACUAUUGACAGAGUAAGUAUCUAGAAAAAACUAAAGGUGAAGUACGAUGAUGAUGACAUUUCCAAAGCGUUACUUGAUUGUCAUUUUAACCUUCAUCAGCACAUCUGUUUGCUACAUAGAACGUGUAGGCUUCUCUAUUGCAUAUACAAUUGCUGCUGAUGCUGCUAGGGUAAACCAAUCAACUAAAGGAACUAUACUUGCUACAUUCUAUUGUGGAUAUGCCUGUUCUCAGGUGCCUGGUGGAUGGGCAGCUCAGAGAAUUGGUGGUAGAAAGGUCCUCCUUAUUUCUUUUGUGUUAUGGUCAUUGACUUGUGCAUUAGUACCACUAGACCCCAAUAAAGUCACAGUUUUAGUGAUUGCCCGCUUACUUGUUGGUGUGGCACAAGGCUUCAUCUUCCCCUCCAUCCACACAGUUCUAGCACAGUGGGUGCCACCCCACGAAAGAUCCAGAUCUGUUUCUCUAACAAUGUCUGGGAUGUACCUUGGUGCAGCUGCAGGAAUGCUUUUCCUUCCAAGCUUAGUAAAGUAUAAAGGACCCCAAUCAGUAUUUCUUGCUGAGGCGGCAUUAGGUGCCAUGUGGUGCAUGCUUUGGUUCAACUAUGCUAGUGACCCUCCUUGGUCUGAACAUCCAAAAGCCACUGCUGCUGGUUUUGGUGAAUCUUUGUUGCCAGUUAAAGGAAACCAGAAAGUGAAAGUGGAGAAUGGAGGAAUUUCUGGCAGAACUGCCAACAUACCAUGGAAAAAAAUUGUACUCAGCUUGCCAGUUUGGGCAAUUGUGGUAAAUAAUUUCACCUUCCAUUAUGGUUUGUAUGUGUUGAUGAACUGGCUGCCAACAUACUUUGAGAAAGGACUGCAGCUUAGCCUUCAGGAGAUGGGAUCAUCUAAAAUGAUGCCUUAUUUUAACAUGUUUAUAUUUUCAAAUAUUGGCGGGGUGGUUGCUGACCACUUAAUCACCAAGAGGAUCUUGUCGGUGACUGGAGUCAGGAAGUUGUUGAACACUGUAGGGUUCUUAGUUGCUUCUCUUGCAUUGAUAGCACUUCCUAUCUUCAGAACUUCCAGUGGGGCAGUGUUUUGUUCUUCUGUGGCUCUUGGUUUCUUGGCACUAGGAAGAGCUGGGUUUGCAGUGAACCACAUGGAUAUUGCUCCAAGAUAUGCAGGGAUUGUUAUGGGAGUUUCUAAUACUGCCGGUACCUUUGCUGGCAUCAUUGGAGUUCAUCUCACUGGUUGUCUUCUUGAAACUGCGAAAACUUCUGAUUCAGAUCUUUCAAGUCCAGAUAGCUGGAGAUUAGUGUUUUACAUACCAGGGUAUCUAUGCAUAUUUAGUAGUUUGGUGUUUUUAUUGUUUUCCACUGGGGAGAGAAUUUUUGACUGAGUUAAUCUUGUUCCAUGUCAAGAUAAAAUCUCACCAGUACUUUGUUACGGUCAAGAUUCAAUUUACAAAUAUCUGCUGAUGAGCCCUACAAAUAUCUUGGGAGUUCGAAAAUCAGCCUCUCCAAUAAAUUGGUUGUAAGGUUGCUUACCACGACUUCUCUCAAACCCUUACAAAAGUGGGAGCUUUGUGCACUAGGUAUGACCUUUGUUGAUGAGUGUUAUGAGGGUUGCCCAGCAUAUAAUUCUUUUCCAGGAAGGGUGUAAGAUGUCCAGCAGUCCAUAAAAGAAUUUAAAUGGUAGUGUAGGCAUAGGAUGGAAAGAUACUGCAAAAUAUUCUUUAAUGUUCCAAAUGUAAAGAAUCUGUAACUUAUUUGCUUGUUUUUUCAAUCGCUACGCCAUAAUCGAGCAGGUUUUCAUUU